GCAAAAUGUGGUUGCCGCGAGCGCCAGUACCAGCAGUCCGGCGGCGGCAGAGCCGCCUGCUCGGCAAGAGCAGUCGACUACCACUAGUCGCUUUCAGCACACCUUCAAAAGACCGGAUCAAGAGGAGUGGACUUCCAACAGAGAACCAGAGUACUACCACGACCAAAGACGUGGAUUGCUGGUAUAAUGUUUUGUACUUCCAUUCCUAGAUUGUGAUACUGGGGGGCCUCAUAAGUAGACAUUAAGAGCUACAAAAGAGGUACCAUGACAUGACAUGACAAUCGCCGGGUUGAUUGCGUCACGCCCACGCGCGCGCCGGGGCCGGGCGUUCAUGCACGCCCGCGCGCGCGGGGGAUGAAAACGGGCAUUCCUCAGAUGUUUCGUGUCGUUGGUGUACAUCUUACAGAAACUAAUGCAGGGCGGAAGCGGAACGUACUAGUUUACAGGAAGUAGUGCAGGGCGGGUUUUAAGAGACUCCCAAGGGCAGGAAGACUGAGGUAGACAAGAGAAGCCGUCACAGGCAGAGAUACGUAUGGGACUUCGAGCAAUUAGCACGCAGUGAGAAUGGGGUCUUUCUUCAUGUCUAGGAGUAGGUUCGGGUUGUACGGUCUAGGUCUAGUUACAGCGUGGCAAGCUGACGCGAAGGACGAUUCUCAUACUCAAUUGUAUCGCGUGGUGAAAGUUUGGAACGUCUGCAUAUUGUUAGUGUUGUCGUCCAUUUCCUUACGUGAUUCUUGUUUUUUAGAAGCGGAAGAAAUUUAUCAUCGAAUAUUAACUAGGAGCAAGUUAUAGAGGAACAAAAACUGGUAUUGAUUUGGUAGGACUAGGAACUGACUCCACUUGCUUACUUAUAACAUGAAUUACAAUUAUUUGAAUUUCCCGUAUACUGUUCAGGUCCCACGCGAAAGUGUGUUUCCUACUGAGAGUUUGGGCCGCCGAGUUGCUCGAGAGCAGAGUAGGUCGGCCUCUGCGCGUGCCGAAAUGCUAGCUGCAGAGCGGAGUAGAACAGACGUGCCGACAAGUGCCGGACAGAGCAGGCCGUCAUCUGGACGAGACAGGCAUGAGCAGGCGAUUCCUCCACCUCCUAUGCUGGAGGAUGAGACGGACGAUGAGAAUGUGAACUACAACGAGGACUGCUGCAUUGUCGAAAGUAGUAACGAGGACGAGCGCUCACCGGAUGAAGAGGAUGAAGGAGGCGGGUCACAAGCGAUUCGCGGGGAAAACAUGCCUCCCCAUUUACGAAACUACUAUCGGUCUUGCAAUUACGGCAACGGCCCAGCGGAAGGCUCUACUGCGUUGGCGAGAGAUCCACAGCUGCGUGGGUUGAAUGGCGGCAGCACGAAAGGCGGUCGCUCGCACCACGUACAAUAUCCGCCGCGGCGAUUUUACGCGUCUAGUAAUCACGAUGAGCAACCGCGCGGUGAGC